AUUAUUUACAUUAGAAGAAAUAGGUGAUAGAUUUCUACCUAAUAUACCAGCAUAACUGACAUUAGAAGAAGAUGAUGACGAGGUCGAUCUACCUGUCAAUAAAUUGUUUUCGUUAGAAGACGAAUUGGCAGGUGCCUUAGAAGAAUUUUCAGGUAUAUUCUGUAAAUUUAAGGUCGUUGAUUUGACUUGUUGUCUAAGCGAACGAGCGUUUAAAAUUUUUUCUCUGACAGGACAUUUCAAAUAAUUGGAUUUAUGAUUUCCAUUGCAAUUUGAACAUGAAAAUUUAUCAGUGGUUUCAUUCAUUGGACAAUCGUCUUUCGAAUGCGAUUUACCACAAUUCAAACACCGUAUAUCCAUAUGACAAUUUUUGGUUCCAUGACCGAAGCCUUGGCAACGACGACAUUGCGUUAAGUUUGCAAUACGAUUAUGCCGUUUAUAAUGUUCCCAAUGAAUUUUAAUGUGGGAAAUGAAACGUACUUUUUCUAAAGUUUUCAAAUUGUUUACAUCACUUCGAUUGAAGUGUAUUAGGUAGUAUGCUUGUGUUAAUUAUUUCUUUUGGCAGUUUUUACAGGGAAAUACUAUAACCAUGAUAAACUAUGAAAUUGAAAUAACAUCCGUUUUGUACCACGUUACCCUGUAACAUCCCUUCCUUACAGCUCAUAAGAAAUGACAUUAUGCACAGCGGUUAGUUUUUCUUAGUCAAAUAUCAAACUUAACCAGAUAUUUCUGAUAAACAUCUCUUGAACUGAUUGUAUAUCGUGAUCGAAAAAAAAAGGAAAACUGACUCUGUAUGCAUACUUCAUACAGUUUCUUUAAGCGCUUGAAAAUCAGUCUUUUCAAGUAGCAUUAUGUGAAUUAUCUGAAUGAUUUACACCAAAAAUGUUCCUGAUGCAUUAUGAUAACAUGCAAUCAAAUAAUAAAACAUUGACAUUUUUCUCAAUCGGUAAAUAAGCGUACAGCCAAUAGGUGAACAUACUUUUUGCAAAACUCCCUUUCAAUCAUUGCCAUCUCCGCAUCUGGGACGAAGCAUUCAUGAAGAUAACACCCAUGUAACACACAACCUCCCACUUUCAUUGGCAAAACAUGCGCCGACAGAGCAACACUUUCCUGUGAUCAGAACAGACACUGUAGUUUUGCACCAUUAUUCGGUUCAAUGAGAUCCAGAAUAUUUGGUGCGCGCGCAUUCAUCCACGAGUUGAACGAAACUACGAGAGAGAUAAUCCCUUUGUUUCGAAGGAAGUCGGUUCGAUAGAACACCGCAUGCUUUUCCAACAGGAGGAUGAAGAUUUUCUCCACUUACACAUGUUUUCCGAAGCAGUUCUCAAUCCACGAAAGUGUCGCGAAAACGCAAUCAAAGUAUUUGUUCUAUUCCCCUUGGAAGGCCAAGUGCACACAAAAGUAAAUAAUAAACAACAUUGCUCUCAAGAUUAUUAGAUUAUUCCAAUGUUUGCUAGUAUUCAAUUAAGGGGUUGUACACCUUCCGGUUCGAGUAAAUGAAGGGUUUCUUUCGAUUAACCUAGGAAAUGUGAAAAUUAUUUUACUCCAAAGAAUUGUAAUGCAACGUAUGGUACAUGUUUUGAUAAGGUUGUGCAUUUUUGUGGAUUGUGGAGCUUUAAGUCUAAAAUGAUCGUGCUUUAUACACAUAACUACCCACGAUCGCAAUUCGAAAAAAAUAUUUAUGAUGGUUGUAACGACUAGCGACUUAGUUUAUAUAAGUAUUGACGGCUUUCUCAGUCCCAAAUCACUAGGCAAACGAUUUAAUUCCCAAAACGUCGGGCAAUUUAAGAAUUAGAUCGUUUGCCUAGUGAUUUGGGAAUGAGAAAGCGUAAAAUAUUAGUUGUUUUUUGUUCUGAUGUCGAUUGGGUUGAAUUUGGAAGGUGAAAAUCACUGAGCGGUUUUCCGUGUCACGAAAUAUCUUUAUUUGGGUUUUGCAAUCUUUGAAAAAUUAACUUGGUUUGAAGUUUUUUGGAAACUUACUCCGGAGUGUACGGAACCUAUUAUUGUGCCCAACGAUAUUUCGACCAUUAGUAACCAAGAUCUACAAGUCGACUUUAUUUCGUGUACUACGAAGGAAAAAUAUAAAAAAUAUAGGUGACGCAAUUCCACCUAUGACUCAAUUCAUAAGAAUGUCAUUCGUACAAUGACUGAAUUCUACAAGAAUGAUUUAAAUAUGUGUCAAGCAUACUUCAGUCUUUUAAGCAGGCGCGUGAACUUACAUAUUCGAGCAUUUAAAUACGUGUCAGAAUGCAUAAAAAGCAAAGUCUUGACAUUACAUUCCUUUUGUUGAAUUUGGCCUUCCUGUUUUAACAGACUUCGCAGUCGAUUCAUAGCUUACAGAAUCAUUACAUGGCUAGUACUACGAUCCUACUGACACUAUGAAUCCUUUCCGGUCGGGGUUCAAACAUAUGCCAUGCAUGAAAUGUAAAAACCACCCGUAAUUUCGGAGCAGGAAAUCGUAUCCGGAUAAAAUUCAAUAGUAGAGAGAGAAGAGAGUCACUGUCUGGUGAAAAAACUCAAUACAAAGAAUGAGGCAAAACCCUCAAGAGUUUGUCUGAUUUCAUACAAGAUUUAGCCGAUUUAGAAAAGAUUUGAAAUAGGGGGGUUUAAGAAAGUUGAGGAAGGAUGGUGCGGGAUUCAGAAAGUUUAGAAGUUUGUAAUUUUUAGUUAAAUAUCAGGUGCCUUCUGCAACCAACACAAUAUUUACAUUUACAGAAAAAGGAAAAAUAGAAACAUUCAAAAUUUGCAAAUUGAAUGUCGAAUCAAAACGCAAAUUUUUAUAAAAACAACUUAUCAUAAACAUCAGCCAUGUGGUUUAAUUGAAAAUUUCUCUAUAGGAUAUGACUCAAUCUAUUCAACCCGACAACGUGUGAUGAUACUAUCUGCCACCAGUGGAGUUCCAUGCGUACAAUCAAUUAUCAUUUUCAUGUCACAGGACUUCAACAGGGUUUUUUUAUUACCAUCGAGCGAAUGCACUGAAAGCAUAACAAGUUAUUUGCAAACUCGUCUUUAGAUUAUAAUCAUGAUGUCAUACGAAAUUGCAAGUGAAAAAAAAACAAAAAUCAUUCACAUUCUGUUAGUCAUUGGACUUUCUUCUCUGCAUAACACAUUAACUCACACUAAAUCAGAAUUCGAAAUACACUCACACUCAAACACGUGUUAACCCACGUAUACAUCCUGCUAACCCGGCAAACAUCCACUACUACAUCUUACUACUACUAUCACUACUACUACUAGUACUGUUUCCAAUCUACACUCACCAGUAGAAUCGGUGUUCUAGAGGACAAUGACGUUUGUUUUCCGAGUUGGUUCAUGAACCGAACACCCCCCCGAUUAGGCUCAGCACUCAUAUCCUUAGAAAGGAGGGGUGGUGGGGUAGCAAAGAAAAGAAAAAGUACGGAAAGCUCGUUGUGCAUCAACCAUAAACUCUCGUCAACCGGCGGAUGGAAAUCAAUAUUCAUCUCAUGAAUCCAGCGCUAUUCGCGCUUGUUCGCUCUCACUUCUCGUGCUGUUCGUUUAUUUUGUCGUUUCCAUGAUUAGAAUGGCGGAAGUUGAGAUCCCUCUCCACUAUUCUGUUGACAGACAAGAAAUUGUCCUGAACAUGCCACGUGCUAGCCUCGUCCGUUAUUGAACUUAUAUGUUCGUCAAUUAAUUUGCAAUUUGCUAUUCUGGAAUCAACUCAUGAUCUCUUAGAUAUGUGUUGUCUUCCUCCAUGCUGAAGUAGAAUCUUGAUUUGAUUAUUGUGUCACAUUAAUAUUCGUGCAGUCAUACGUGACUUGAACCGACAAAUAAGAAUAAGACAAAGAUAUUGAAAAAUGUUAAAUGUUCCGAUGAUCAAUUCUUUCUGGACUGAAUUUUAAUACUUCAGUUUAGUCCCAUAAUAAAACUGUGUUAAUCUAUUUCCACUGUCGUUAAUUUCUACUGUAUAGAUUAAUUUCGAAUAGCAUAUUGUCAGAGCUACACUUAUUUCUUGACCAUACUCUUGGACUCGGGGUUCAAAAAAAAUUGAUAUCUUUAGCUUCUCUUAAUCGUUGCUUGCCGAAAAGUAUCAAUAAAAACAAUUGAUUCAGUAUAAUAAAACUAUAUCAAAUUGGAUUCCCAAAACUUUAUAAGUAUUUUAAUUUCAAAAACAUUAGUCUUGUACACGAAAUUCGAUUGACAUGCAUGAAUCAAAUUGGAAAUUAAUAUUGAGGCUGUUGAGCAUACGUAAGACUCACCAGAGAAAAACCUGUACACUUCAUGAACCAAAAAAAGUUAUACAAUCUCUUUAAUAUUCGACUUUUCGAUCAAGACUCAUAUUCAUCUCAAUGAAGUGGGUGAGUUAACUGUAAAAUGAAUAAAAUUUUAACAACACCAGUUGUAAAUAAGAACAUACUUGUGGUAUGACUACUACGUCGUUUUAUAUUUGCAAAAUCUAGCUUAAUGCAUUUUUCCAAAAACUACAAACAAGGAUGGCUUUUAUCGUAUCAAAGAACGUUCACUGGCAACUCUUCAACGAUUGAAUCAGUGCCAUCAAAGAGAAACGGAAAUCAUCGCAACAACAAAAAACUGACAUGGCUCAUUUAACAUUGAAUCGACACCAGUGCGAGAGCUAAUUUCUCUCGAUGACAUUUCUGAGAAUCAAAGGUUAGCACGCUGCUGUGGGGAUCCUCUCUGAAGCAACAAACGGUCGCUUAAGCCCUGUCCGCAUUAGGCCGAUCCGACCGAUCCGAGCUCUCCGGCGUUUACUUUUUCUCUGCUUCGGCUAUAGCUGAGCUGCACAUGCAGCUGUGUGCAUGUGCAGCUCAGCCAUUAUGGUUUUUAUCGUGACGACACAAAUGAACAAGUAUUCAUCCUCGAUAGUUCAGCGGUACUGUUUACAAACAAGCUUAAACAAAAAUCGAAGAGCACAUCUAAAACAAUCAUCUUUACACUUUGCAACUAGUCACUUUUAUUUAAUAAAUAUCAAAAACGAACCGUAUUCAAUCGUGAACAAAUGUUUUAAAACUUUAUUUAGGCGAUACGGACCGUAAAUGGUCUGAUCCAAUUGUCAAAACAAAAUUUCUGUUUACAAACAGUACUGCUGAACUGUCAAAAUGUGUUCAUCCGAUUGAGGUUAGCAGUGACGCUUCUCGUUUCAAAUAUGGUGCGGCAUAAUAAUCAGCUGCCAGAUAAUCUACCACAGCUACAGAACUUAAUUAAGCGAGAUCCAGAAUCAUAUCGAGAAGAAUUUCUACAACAAUAUCAGCAUUUCUUAAGUGUGCUGGAAAUUUUUCGUCUUGAGCCGGAUAAAGAAAGCAAAAGUUUAUGCGAAUUGAUUAUUUUCUUGGCCCAGGUGGCUCAAUGCUAUGUGGAAGAUAUGAAGACAUUUCCUCAAACAAUUGUAGAUAUACUUAAAACGCAUUCCACAACACUAGAACCCGAAAUGAGAAACACCUUUUGCAGAGCUCUCAUUUUGUUGCGGAACAAAAACUUAAUUUCUCCGCUGGAUUUGCUUGAACUGUUUUUUGAACUUCUUCGUUGUCCUGAUAAAGCACUCAGAACAUUUCUUGAGAACCAUAUUAUAACUGAUAUCAAAAAUAUGAAUGCCAAAACCAAGGACAUGAAACUGAAUUCUACGUUGCAAAAUUUUAUGUAUACCAUGCUGAGAGAUUCUAAUCCAAAGGCCGCUAAAAUGUCAAUCGAUAUAAUGGUUGAGCUGUACAAAAAGGGUAUAUGGAAUGAUUCAAAAACCGUGAACGUAAUCGCAACCGUUGGUUGUUUUUCCAAGGUAACCAAAGUGAUGGUAGCAUCACUAAAAUUUUUCUUAGGAACCGAUCAGGUAGACGUAAAUAAUUCCGACGAGGAAAGUGACAAAGAAAUUGAUUUAAAAAGUGUCAUAAUGGCAAACCGUAUAAAUAAGAAAACUAAAAAACGUAAAAAACAGUUGGAAACCGCAAAGAAGUUGUACAAUCAAGCACAAAAGAAGAAAACGAAGCCUGUGUCUUUCAACUUUUCAGCUGUCCAUUUGAUCCAUAAUCCUCAAGGAAUGGCUGAAAAUUUAUUUAAACAGUUGCAAAAUGGAAAUGAACGCUUUGAAGUAAAACUAAUGCAUCUGGAUGUAAUAUCACGGUUGAUCGGAAUACAUGAGCUGUUUCUUUUUAGUUUUUAUCCAUAUAUUUCUAGAUUCAUUCAGCCACAUCAAAGACAGGUGACAAGAAUAUUGCAGUUUGCUGCUCAAUCUUCGCACGAGUUGGUACCACCGGAACUGAUCGAAUCUGUAAUUAAAACAUUAGUAAACAAUUUUGUUUCCGAGCGGAAUUCAAGCGAUGUAAUGGCGAUUGGCUUAAACGCUGUUCGAGAAAUUUGCGUUCGUUGUCCACUUGCGAUGAAUGAGGAUUUACUUCGCGAUCUUACCAUGUAUAAAAACUACAAAGAGAAAUCGGUCAUGAUGGCAGCAAAAUCGUUAAUUUUAUUGUAUCGUGAACAAAUGCCAACGUUACUAGCAAAGAAAGAUCGUGGGCGUCCAACUGAAGCGAGUGUAGAGAUUAAGCCAAAAAAAUAUGGCGAAAUCCAAAGUCUGGAUUAUAUUCCUGGAACUGAAGCACUAUUGACUACCGCACCUGAUCUAAGCUUAGAAGAAGGUUCUGAACAGUCAUCGUCGGAAUCUGAGGAUGAAUGGGUGGAUAUCGAUAGUGAUAGCGAAAUCGAUGAGGAAAAACGAAAAAAAGUUAUAAUGGUCAAGUCAAAUGCAACAACGAGUGCAGAUAAGAGUUAUUCAGAUAAUGAAAAUGGACUUAAUAUGAAUUCUGACACUGAGUCAGAAGAAAUAGAGGAUGGAGAAACAAGCGAUGAUAGUAUCUUAGAGAAAAAGAAGCAGGAAAUCACAAAAACUAGUAAAAAAAGUAGUGAGAAAUCUAAUCUAGCAAGCGAAAAGGGUGACACAGAGCCGGAUGUGACAACACUAUCUUCCAAGGAAGCCAUCCAAGAAUUAGCGCUCACAAAAUUAUUUACCGAUUCCGAUUUUGCAAAAAUUGAACAAGAACAAAUUAAAAAAAAGAUGACUCAAAACAAUAGGAAGCGACAACUUGAGAAAGAGAAAACUGAAUUUGUCAAACUAGACGAUAUUGAAAUGAUUUACAAAAAACGAAAGACGGACAAGGAAGCACGUAUUGAAAGCAUGAAAAAAGGUCGUGAAGGACGAGAAAAGUUUGGUUACAAAGAUAACCGCCAUGAUCCGUUUUGCUCUAAAACAAACCGUGAGAAACGCAAAACCAAAAACUUCAAUAUGAUUAGGCAUAAGGCCCGUGGUAAGGUCAAGAAAUCAUUUCGUGAAAAACAAUUAGCUCUUAAAAAGCAUCUGCUACAUAUGAAAAAAAUGAAGUAAUAUUUGAGUGAGGGACUUUAGUUCAAUAGAGGAAAAUAUGGUUUAUUUGUUA